AUGGCCACUUCAAUACAGGCUCAGCAGCUUUCUCAAAUAGUCAGUUCUCUUCAAAACAUUCGUCACAUUAUACUAAUACUCUCUGGCAAGGGUGGCGUAGGAAAGAGUUCCGUGACAACGCAACUGGCAUUAAGUUUAGUACAUAAAGGAAAUAAAGUUGGUAUCCUAGAUAUUGAUUUAACAGGACCCAGUAUCCCGAGAAUGUUAGGACUUGAUAAGAUGCAAGUGCAUCAGGCUUCCGGAGGUUGGGUUCCAGUCUAUGCUGGUCUGGAAGAUAAAAACCAACGAUUGUGUUGCAUGUCAAUUGGAUUUCUUUUGCAAAAUAAAGACGACUCUAUCAUUUGGCGAGGACCAAAGAAGAAUGCGAUGAUUCGACAGUUUUUGGCUGAUGUUUGCUGGGGAGAUUUGGAUUAUCUCGUCAUUGAUACUCCACCAGGCACGUCCGAUGAGCAUAUAUCCAUAGCAGAAUAUCUAAAGGAAACGAAUCCUGAUGGAGCCGUAAUAGUGACUACUCCCCAGGCUGUCGCGUUGGCAGAUGUUCGGAAAGAGCUUAACUUUUGUAAGAAAGUUGGUAUACCAGUAUUAGGUGUUGUUGAGAACAUGAGUGGGUUUGUAUGUCCACACUGUGAGGAAUGUACAAAUUUGUUCUCUACUGGAGGUGGUGAAGCUAUGGCCGAAGAGUUUGGUGUAUCGUUCUUAGGACGGAUUCCUAUAGAUCCUUCAAUAACUACACUAUUUGAAACAAAUCAAACAGAGAACUCCGCGAGCGGUAGUUUAGUCACGCAAUAUUCACAAACGAAUGUGUUCAAAAUAUUCAAUGAGAUUACUGGUAAAGUUAUUAAUAAAGUAGAGACCAAUACUGAUGAAAUGUAUACACAGGUAUAG